UGAUUGUAAAGCUAGUAUGCGUCCGUCACCGUGGAUGCAUCUCCCCUGUUUCCUUCGUCACUUGGUCUCUUCCACAGGGCGGAAGUUUUAGGGAGCUGCUUCCAGGUUGUUGUCACGGACGCUUACGCUUCCCGGAAAUAACCAAAACAGCUCUCUACAUGUUACACCAACUGGAUGACGGAAAUAUUUCGUAAAAUGAUGUAACAAUGAUCACUUCGCGGCUGAUACGUGAUAAUAUCACACGUGAUCAGCGCCGCUCCCGCAUAGUCUUAGCUUUCAGUCGCACUGAUUUAUCUUAGGUACGUGUUGCCAUAGUUUCUGCUCAGUGACUGGUUUGCAGUUUGUUGCUGCUAUAAAUGUCAGCAGCAAGUGGCUGCAAAUGUCUUUGGUCUCGCUGCCUGUGGAUGAUAACAUUUAAUCCAAAGGCGAAUGUAAAGGAAGAAACAGGCUCCGGGCGGGAUGGAGUGGCCGGCGGACCUCCCCGACGACUGCGCCUUCGUGGAGCUGCCGGCUCCGGCGGUUUGCAGUGAGCUGGACCUCGAACACCUUCUGAAAAGCACAGAGGAGAAGCUCAACCUCAAUGCCAGCAGCAUUGAACAGCAGCUGAAGGAGCUGCAGGCCAAACUGGGAGAUGUCCACACGGGGGAGCGUCCACUCAGCCCGUCGGACUUCUUCCACUUGUUCAACGUCAGGGCUCACGCCAGUGUCAGACCUGUGACCACUGGACACCAGGAGCUCAUGGACUUCCUCAGAGCUUUGCAACACUAUCUGAGAUCAGAGGAGGAGGGGAAGGAGCAGGCAACACUUCAGCUCCUUGUGGAUGUAUCUGUCCAGUGUGGCGUCUGCUUUCCUUGCUCCUCAUCCUCUCCUCUUCAUCCUCAGCAGACUUCAGUGCAUGCAGCCAAAGAUGAUUCUUCAUUAGAGGUCCUGGAGGCCUGGGAUAAUGUGCGUGUUCAGCUGCGUCGCCACCUGCUGGACCGGCUGUCUUCCUGCAGCCCUGAUAAAAAUAUUUCCUCUUUGUCCAUUUCUGAACGAGUUCAAUGUCUGCAACAGCUAUUAUUUCUUUACACAGAGUCUGAAGCGCUCACAUAUUACCAGAGCCUCAGGAGCAAGUCUGUGCAGGCUCUCAUUCACUCAGCACUGAGCUGCAGCCCGGGUGCUGAGACUGGAUUUGACAGACUGGCACUGGCUUUUGGCGCAGUGGUCCCAGCCCUGUCCCAAGCCAUCGCGGAGGAGCUCCACGUCCUCACCAGGCUGGCCGAAUCCCACACCGUGCUGGGUUUCCUCAACGCCGCCUACCUCAGCACCGUGGCCCGAGAGCUGACCUCUCUGGUGGAGAGGGAGCGUGAGGCGGCCCUGAGGGACAACACCACAGUCAGCAGCAAGAUCAAAAAGUACUCGGCCCGGUCCCGAGCAGCUGUGGCGCCGGUGGAGCCGCCCGCGAGUAACAGGAGCUUCAGUUUGACCUCCCACCAGCUGAAGGCGUUGACCCAGCUGGCCUGCACCCUGCUGGGGCUGGAGAGCCACGUGAAGGAGCUGGUCACCAACGUGAACUCCAUCGACUGCACAGGGGACGCGCCCUGUGUAAAAGGCAUCUUGAAAAAGCGCAGAGCGCAUUCUGAUGGGAUGACAGGUCCCAAGACGUCCGCUGCGGAAACACUUCCCCGCACUCCAGAGGCCCACGCUGUGGAGUUCGACUGGAGGUCAGCGUUCCGGGGUCUCGCCCCGCACAUGCAGCACUGUGUUAAAGUGGUGCUGGAUGAUGUUUGUGCCAAGAGCCUGCAGCAGGAAGAGGACUCGCACUCGGCGGGACGCGCAUCCAUCGCCCUGAGCCCGACGGCCGGACGCGCUUCCAGCCCCCGACUCAGAGAGGACUCCUUUUACGCCGUCUCCGAGCGGGAGACUCCCAAAAUGAUAGCUAAGUUCUGUGGGUCGGUCCUGGCCCAGCUGGACGCCCUGCUGCCCCUGGCGGCGGCCUGCGGGGGCGGCGGCCUCGCCGAGGUGCAGUCGAGCUUCGUGGAGGCGUGCGGCAGGGCGGCGUUCGCCAUGCUGGGCCGUCUGCAGGAGAGGGCCCUGGAGGUGCCGUCCUCCGCGCCGCUGAGGAACCUGCCGGCGCUGCUGUCCUCUUGUCUGUAUGCGCACCAACGGCUGGAGCACUACCACGCCAGGCUGAAGGACUCAAACACCAGCGCCGCUAAAGUGCCUCUGACGCUGCUGCCUGUCCAGAAGUACCAAGACACGGCUGUGGCGCUGAAAGAGCAGCUCACCAGCUACUGCGUCCAGGUCUGUUUGACGUGCAUUCUCCAGGACGCAGAGAGUCACCACUGGGCUGACCCCAAACCCUUCUACGAGGGCGAGCGCUGCUCCUUCUCGCUGCAGAUGUGGUUCUACUUCCUGUGCGGGCUUCGCAGCGACCUGUGGGCGAUCCUUCCAGCGCAGUCGGCCCGGGAGGUGCUCGGUCAGGUGCUGUCGGAGACGCUGCGGCUGCUGGUGCAGAGAUACGCCAGGGCUCGUCCUUCGUACAACAGACACAUGCAGAUCAGAUGUGACAUCACCUUGGUGCUGCUGUAUGUGGAGCAGCUCGUGUGGAGUCUGUGUGAAAGUCCCGAGGCCUUGAUCCGCCCCAGCGGUUCGUCGGCCGCUGUUAUAAUAACGGGCAAAACGGACUGGACGUAUCAGAUCCACUGCUUGUGCGAGCAGCUCCUGACGGUCCUCGUCAUUGGCACGGCCCCCCUGUCUUUGCUGUAUAGGAUGUUUGUACUGAAUCCUGCUCCACACGAGCCUGACGUCCCUGUAUCACACUGGCUGAACGUCGUCGACCCUGACCUCUUCACUGAGCAGGCCAUCGCAGACGGCCCCGCGGGCUGCGCGGCCUUCCGGUGUCAGCUGAGGCUGCUGACCUCUGACCCGGGACUCCAUCCCAAGCUGCUGCUGCGAAUGCUGCUGCACGGAGACUGUCACCUGCCCAGAGCACUCCUGGAAAACUCUCAUUUGUGCCAGGGGAGCGACUUCAAAGUGUCUGCGGAGGCUCGUAAGGCAGGAGAUGACUUCAUAGUUUCGCUCUUCAACCUUUUCAGCUGCCUGAGUAACGCUCCUAAGGCCUUGACUCAGGCUCUCCGGCCGUACAUGGAGCGGGCUCACAUGUGGGAGCAUCUGUACACACUGGCAGACACCACACGGGCAGCACCCGUCCUCAUCAGCUGUGUUCGGGCAACACUCACCAAAUGCACCAACAGCCUCCUGGUGCAUCUGGUUACCAUGGUGAUGGACCAUCACAUCGCAGAAGAACCCAGCAGGGCCUCGUUUAGGCGAAAUGUGCCUGAACGCGUUCUGGCUAAAAUACCUAAGGAGUGGAACUACACGCCGCCGGAAGGCCGGGGUCAGGGGACGCCCACCAAAACUGUCGUACCCCUAGCGAUUCAGGCCAUUUCUUUCAUUUUCACCAACCUGCCCUCGGCCGUGGCGUCCGUGCCUCUUACCGUUCGCCACCUCUUCCAUGUGGCAGAGGUUCGCCUAACGCAGCACACGCGUCAGCUGCGCGUGGUGGGCCUGCUGCCCUGGGCCAUGCUCGGCUGCCUGAUCCAGGGCCUGGAAGACCCGGACGCGCUAGAACAGGUCAGCGGUCAGGCUUUGGGUCGCAGGGCGAAGGACCUCCUCUCCCUGCUGGCUGAGUGCCUGCAGGCCGCCAUGGGAGUCCAACAGAAGGGUGUCCCCAAGCCCACGGUGCAUAAAGUGCUGCAGCUGCUAGAGGAACACAGACCCAAAUGGAUAAACGUGCAGCUACAGAAGGCCCGCAAGCUCUGCUCAGACAGCGUGUUCGAGCAACGGAAAGAGAGCGGAGUCGCCGCAGCUGAACUGACUGAGCAGAAAAUAGGCCUGAUGCUGCUGGAGGUCUGCCACAAAGCAGGUGGCAGCGACUACCUGAGGCAGAUCUAUCACAUCAUCCAAGGCAAUGAGGAGCUACUGAUGUCUAAAGCAAGCGGAGGAGCGGACUCGCCCGGUGAUCCCCGCUUGGUGAACUUUGCACCCGACAACUCUGGCCGUGCGGAAGCUGCCCGCUUCGACCCGCUGCGCCAGUUUGACCACAUCGGCAAGAAAAGGCUGGAUCAGAGCGCCGUGGCCGCCUGGGCGUGGGACUGGCCGGGGCUGCUGCCAGGCUACCGGGGCAUCAGCCGGGUCACCUUCAGAACUCUGCUGGCCAACAGGACCUCGCCGGCCCGUCCACCCCCUCCCCUCCCUCUCCAUCGCCGCCGUCAUCCCUCCAUGCACCGCAACGAGCAGUGACGUUUAUUUCAAGCGCCUGUCACCAGUGGGUUUGAGAGAAAUGUGUCAUUACAGCCUUGACAACAAGGUGGCACUCUGCACUAAGACAAAUCCCCCGAGGCCACGCUCUCCCCAGAGGCCACCUUUACCCGGCGAGGAGCGGGGAAACAAGGAGAGGCGCCGACAAACAGGGGAGGAAGCGGGAGCGAGAGGGAGAGAGAGAGUCCUGUGUUCUGAGCUAUGUUUGAAUGCUCCGCUACAAAGACGUCGUCUUUCCAAGCACCCUGUGAUUUUGCCUUAUUGACUCGUGGCUCUGCUGCAGCUGCUAUUUACAUGUGUUUGUUGACGUGCGCGCAUGUGAUGGUAAUGACAUAAAGCGCGCGCAGAAAACAAUGAAUAACCAGCGUUUAAUCAAAGUCUGAUUCAGCAGGCUCACACAUCAAAGCCGCAGCAACUGGGAAUAUGCGUCGCCCCGCGCACUGGCUUUAAUGGUGUGGAAACAGCCGAGGGUGAGCUCGUGGGUAUGGAGCGUGUGAGUGCCCCCGGUGGCGGCGGUGGCGGUGGUGGUCUGCUCGUGUCAUCUCCCAUCCAGGUAGACGUGUGUGAUGGUGCCGCUCUCGCUGGAGGGAGAGCACGGGGCACGUAAACGCCUAGAGCCAUCUGCAGCAGACCUCACACCGCAACAUCUGUGGCGCUCACACACACACACACACACACACACACACACACUGGAUUCAUCCCCACACACUUCUACGUCGCUGGGAUUUAGCUGUCAUAUACUGAGCAUAUGGCAACCCCCCCCCCCCCUUAAGGUCCAACCUCAGAUGUGUCAGGCUACGUAGAAUUAGUCUCAAUUCUUCCUCGUAAUAAAAGGUAGUUAUUCACAUUAUGCGGAGGUCACUCACAUAGCAACUGUCAAAUUAGGGCGCAUUUUGAUUUGAUUGCCCAACGACGCGCGGGGAGAAGCUGCGGUGAGUGAUUUCCAGCACGCAGUUCAAUAAAGGCUGAUUUGUAAUGGCUGCGUUGCGUUGAGUCGAUGGCUGAGGUCAUUCUGAACUUCUUCUCCCACACUCGGUCUUAUUGCGGCGCGGCGCCGGUGACACGUGUGCGCCGCGGUAAUCUGUCUCAUUUAAAGCUCAUUGACUGACGCUUCUAUACACUGGAUGCAGCUGAAGGAUCUGGGCUGUUUUUGUUACGGUGCCGGUUUCACUCGACAAACGCUCAACGUAUGCGUCUUGUGGGCGUGAUGCAGUUCUCGGCGGGUCGCGUCAGGAGUCCGGUUCCAAAACAUACACGCAUCAUCGGGGGCCUCUGCUCCUCUCUGACUGUUUAUUUCUGCACGAGCCUCCAGGAUGCGAGCGCUGUGCACGGCCUUCAUCAACCGUUUGUUCCCUUUCUUGUGCGGUUGUUGCGGACGCGAGCCACCUGCAGCACCUCGCCCACCGUCGCCUCCUCUCCCGCCAUCCAUCCGUUAUCCUCAGAGGGGGUCGCGGGCCUGCUGGAACCACUCCCGGCUGUCAGCGAGCGACAGGCGAGGUCAAUCAGGACCAACGCGCUGAGACCUACAGACAUUUAGACUUGAGUUCAGAACCUCAGAUUCAAACGCGGGUCUGUUUGUUCUAGUCU